AUGACCCCAUCUGCCAUCCGGCUCGGCGCGUCGAAUCCAAGCCCACGAACCAUCCAAACAGCCCUGAAAUACUGGCCCAAACCGUCCAACGACAAUGUUACGAUCGACUUUCGCAAACCGGGCGCAGAAGAGCGAUUCAGCGAGCUCGAAAGCAUCGAAGAGAACCACGCUGUCACGAUACGCGAUAUCCGCAGCCUGGGAGAUGGCGAACAACCCACGCUAGAGAAGAAUGGAUUCCAGUAUAUUCACGAUCCGGUUCCGGGGUAUGAAGAGAGAGAGCAUUGGGAUGAGAAGAGAAUUGCGAAGUUCUUUCUACCGAGGACAGAAGAGCUGGUGAGCAAGUUAUUUCCGUAA